GCGAGUUUGAACUGGUGGCAAUCGGCAAGUCCACCAAGAAGAGCAUGAGCGAGGUGGAGCUGGAGUUUGAUGAGUCCAAGGUGUGGUCGAACGAAGAGCGCCAGGCGUACUUGGACAAGAUCCCGGAGAUGUCUCUCUUUGACGACCACAUUCUCGAAGACGACGUGAUGGUUGAUGCAAUGAUGGCACUAGUGAACGAAGGAGAGACGCCAGAGACGCUGGCGCUCGCGUGCAAGAACAAAGGCAACCAACACUACGGCGAUGCGCGCAAGUUCAACAAAAACUACUACACGCGGUGGCGGAACCCACCGACCCCGAGGUGCUUAAAGAGUGCAACCACGACGAGCCGAUUGAGCUCACCAAGUUGCUGACGGCCAUCUACAACAACCGGGCGGCAUGCCACUUGGCGAUCAAGAACUACGGCAGCUGUCGAUCGGACGCGGCGCGGGCACUCAAGUACGACCCAACCAACCUCAAGGCACUCUUUCGCGGCGCCAAAGCGUCCAGCAUGUUGAAGAAACCCGAAGACACGUUACGGUACUGCAAAGUCGGGUUGGCCGUCGACCCUUCGCACAAAGAUUUGAUCGCGCUUCAAGCGAGCGGCCUGGUCCAGCUCGAGGAGCAGCGCGUAGAACGGGAGGUCGAGGCGUUCAAGCGCCAGAAGCGACGAGCGAUGACCAACAAGUACAAGCAACUGUGCACGUUGCGCAAGGUUCGCGUGGGCCCAGCAAUAAUUUCCGACCGCCGGGUCGCCGACUUUCAGGGGAAGGCGGACCUGAAUCCCGACUCGGGCAACAUGGCGUGGCCGGUGCUAUUCUUGUACGAUGAGUACGGUCAGUCCGACUUUAUCCAAGCGUUUGACGAGCACGACAUGGUGGUCGAGCACUUAGCCAACAUGUUCCCGGAGGACGGACCGUUCUGCAUGUGGGACACCCGAUGCGACUACAAGGCGUCGCAGCUCGUGCUGUAUGUUGUCGCCGACGCAGUCUUGCCCUUUGCCACGGACGACGCGUGGCAUGUCGCGCUGAGUGGGGACGUCGAGUCGGACGUGGCCGAGUCUACGCGGCUACGAGAAGAAGAGAAACACUCGUACAAGCACACGUGGUGGCUAGAAGUGUCACCAUUCUGCUCACUCGCGAUGGUGUUGCAGCACCACCAAUACGUCGUUCCGGGGAUCCCUGUUUUCAACGUGAUGGUGCGAGGAACCAAGCAUCACACGACUUUCCUCGCGUCAAUUGAGCACCGCGUCGUGCAAGUCAAAGCGCCUGGGUUCCCCUAACACUGACCUUCUUUACAACAGCUAGCUCAGUCUUUCGUAUGCAAUAGAGUUCAGCUGCGGGGCUUGCGUUGUGUCUGUGGGUGGUACUCGCGAUU